GACCAUUGAUAUACCCAAGCUGCCUAGCUAUAAUUCGGGAUCUAUGAAAAUAUUUGUUAUGGGUAGCAACAAUUGUGGUCAACUUGGUUUAAUGAAUGUAGAUGAAGUGAAUUCUCCUAAGCAUGUAGAAAAUCUGGAUAAAUUUAAAAUCGUUUAUUUAAGUGCUGGAAGUCUUCAUACUGCUGCUUUAAUGCAGGAUGGAAAAGUUGUUACUUGGGGUGCUUUAGGUAGAAUUACAGUAAGUGAUGAUGAUGAAAAAGUACCUUCUUAUGCUCAAGGUCUUGAUAAUAUAACUAUUAUAAAAGUCGCAUGUAGCGGAAACAUCACAUUAGCUUUAUCAAGAGAUGGUCA